GAGAGCGCGAGAAAGAGGGAGGGUUUGUGUGUGUGUGUGUGUGUGUGUGUGUGUGUGUGUGUGUGUGUGUGUGUGUGUGUGUGUGUGUGUGUGUGUGUGUGUGUGUGUGUGUGUGUGUGUGUGUGUGUGUGUGUGUGUGUGUGUGUGUGUGUGUGUGUGUGUGGAGAGAGAGAGAUUGAGUGUGCAAGCUAGAGAGAUUGUGUGGAGAGGGAGGGAGGGAAGUGUAAGCCAGUCACAGCAUCUCUCCUUCUCACUGCACCAGGGCUGAGGGACUCUUCGUCCCCUCGCUUCCCUCGCUGCAGAUUUAACUCAUUUCCAUCAGCGCAGUCAUCUUUUUUUUUUGCUUUUUCUUGCUGCUUUUGACAGAUGCAUUACCUUCAUCUCUUUCUGUAUGCCAGGAUCUAAGGAUUUAUCUACUAAAAACGUGGGUCGUCCUGUUUAACGGAAUUAAAAGGGGGACGUUUGCAGAGGACAGUGAUUGAAACUGGCACUCCGACUGGGACUUGGUCUUUUCUUUAUGUUACUAGAGUGGAUUCCCCUUUUGUUGCGCUGCCAGUUAAGGGCGACAGACAUACUGGGAGAGGAGUUGUAGGACCCCAUACCUCUACAACUAAACAGAGUGCAUAUUUCAAAGGACUAAGGCAAGUUCGAAAAUCUAUGGUUACAUUAAGCACUUGAGGAGAAGGUGCUAAGCCUCCCCUGACAAUGCUUCAGAAUGUCACAACAAAAAUGCAAGUUAUUAGUUUACGGGAUAAAUAAGGAUUGCCGAUUGAUCCCCACACCCCUCUCUGCAAGUGUCUGCCACAGGAUUGCUGAGGAGUCGAAUAGAGUGGAGCGCUGAGUUAUUCAGCUGGCCUCUCAUUGCUCCGAGAGAGUCCUUUCACCUGCCUGCAUGGGAGUCUGACAUUCAACACUUUCAUCAGCUACUGGACUUUUACAUUUGUUUGUCUAUUGCGACUUGCAGUCCAGAACACUGAGAGGCAAGUUUGCAAUUUUAGAUUUAAAGUUUAAAUCACUUUACUGGCAGAACUCAUCUAGACAUUUGACGCGCUUGGUUUUUACCUCAUUCUGCCUAGGGAUGCCUUGUAAACACAUUUUCCCCCCAGCGCCAUGUGUGCUGAGAGAGCUGUGACAUUAUCUCCUGCGGAGAUCCCCAUGUUUUUCUAGCCUGUGUCUGUGUUUUGAUUCAGACAAUAGCUGGGCAUACAUGGGCUCCAGACACUGACCAGAGGACCACCAAAAUAAGGGAAGCCUGCUGUUAUAUAGUAAACACUCUAGCACCCAUUGAACAGUGACACUUUUGGAUUGAAUUGAAGGAUUGAUUCACAGAGAUGGAUGUAAUUUUCUUUUUCGAACUUCAGUAUACACAAGAGAGACUCUUAAGAAGCUUUUUUCCCCCCGUAAGCAAUGAUGACCUAAAAUAUGUUUUUUGAAAGGUAACUGUACACUAAAUUUAAUCUGAUCUCUAGGUGUGAAAUUGGAGCCAUAUGCUGCUUACUUAUUUGUUCUCAAGAGAGAAUCAAGUCAAGUCUGAAGAGCACUGUGCUUUACUUCAUGCUGUAACCUCUUCAUAUGGUGUCCUCUCUCGCAUCUUCUGUGCUCUCUGCCCUUGUUGAGGACAGCUUAUGCCCUCAGCCUCCCAGUGGCAACCCUCAUUAGAAUCAGGAGAUGAGGCCACAGACUCGCAGGCAAGGCAGCAGGGAAAUGUGCCUAUGGGAUAGAUGCUGGCCACAGCACUAAAGCUACCCUGCGUUAGGUUUACUAAAGGAAUACAGCAUUUUUUUCUCUACUCCUGACUGUUACCCACCCACUACUUUCACUAACCAUGAGUGAUUGGAAAAGGAGAGCUAAACGGGUUGUCCUACCCUCCUAGAGGGUGUAUUGAUUUUCCUCCAGUCAGUGUUCAUUUGAUUGAGACCCAGCUAUGUGAGAGUAAGGUGAAAGAGAGAGUGAGUGUGCUAGAGAGUAUUGAGCUCCAUUAACUGAGGGAGGCUGCAGACACCCGGUAUAGAGCGGCUGGGAGGCAGGCAGUUCUCCAGUUUCAGACCAGCUGCCUUAUGGGUGGCACACCAAACAACCUGACCCACCUGGAUAGCACCCAGAACAAUGAACCAGUCUGAACUGACAACAGACCCAGUGCUCACUGCCAACAGCAGCCAUGGAGAUUUCUUUCCAGGCAGGGCCUCCAACCAUUCUUGUCCCUUGGGCUGGGGGUUGAACGAAGGCCUAGAGGCUUGCGUCCUGGAGACUGCUGUCAUUGUACUUCUGACUGUGCUCAUUAUUGCCGGGAACCUGACGGUGAUCUUUGUGUUUCACUGUGCCCCUCUGCUACACCACUACACCACCAGCUACUUCAUCCAGACCAUGGCCUACGCUGACCUGCUGGUGGGUCUUAGCUGCUUAGUGCCCACUCUGUCUCUACUCCACUACCCAGCAGGUGUCCAGGAGCCCAUCACAUGCCAGGUGUUCAGCUAUGUCAUUUCGGUUCUGAAGAGUGUUUCAAUGGCCUGCUUGGCUUGUAUCAGUGUGGACCGCUACCUGGCCAUAACUAAACCACUAUCUUAUAACCAGCUUGUGACACCAUGCCGGCUACGAGGCUGCAUCACCCUAAUAUGGGUCUACUCUAGUCUGGUUUUCUUGCCCUCCUUCUUUGGGUGGGGUAAGCCAGGCUAUCAUGGGGACAUUUUUGAGUGGUGUGCUCACUCUUGGCCCACCUCUGCCCUCUUUACAGGCUUUGUGGUGUGUUUGCUCUAUGCACCUGCGGCACUUGUGGUCUGUUUUACCUAUUACCAUAUCUUUCGCAUUUGCCAGCAGCACAACAGGGAAAUCAGUGAACGACGGGCACGAUUCCCCAGCCAGGAGAUGGAAGCUGGUGAGGGGGGUGGCAAUGGACAUCACGGAGGGCAUGGACCUGAUCGGCGCUAUGCGAUGGUGCUCUUCCGUAUCACCAGCGUUUUCUAUAUGCUUUGGCUGCCAUACAUAAUUUACUUCCUGCUAGAGAGCUCCCAUGUGCUGGAUAGCCCUGCCCUCUCCUUCAUCACCACCUGGCUGGCCAUCAGCAACAGUUUUUGCAACUGUGUCAUCUACAGCCUGUCUAAUAGUGUGUUCCGCCUGGGCAUGCGUAGGCUCUCGCAGACGAUGUGCUCCUUCAGCCACUGUGCGGCAGAUGACAGGGACUUUGGGGAGCCUAAACCAAGGAAGAGGGCAAACUCAUGCUCCAUCUGAACAAAUGACUUUUACAGGAUGAGGAUACUCCUGGAAUCUGAGAAUGGGAAACGUGAAUCUUAACAAGCCUAGCAGCUAGUCAAAUUGGCAGAGCUUAGCUAAACGGAAAACAAUUUCUGUUGGAUCAACCUGUCAGCUGGCACCGGUGACAUUGCCUUGAUCAUAAAAAAAAACAUGGUUUAUUGCAUUACAAGCUUUUCAAGGAGAUGGGUGCAAUAUCUUAACAGAGAUGUAAUGAUAUUGGCGGCACCCUGUGAUGGCUUUUAUUCUGUGGUAUGUGACUUUGUCUGUGGAUCACGUAAAAAGUAGUCUCCCUGUGGCUUUCUUAACCUUUACAUCUCACUGUAUGUCAUCAGCCAGGUCAAAAAUAGUGGGAAGACAAAACUCCAAAAGAUUCACAAAUAUUUCCUAAGACAUCAAAUGUGACCACACUAUUUCAUGCCUGUUUAAUUUUGUUAGUGGUUGUAAAAUGGAUCAACCUCAAUGUCUCCAUACUUUCUAUGACUGUCAUUAGCAGAGACAAGAUAACUUACACUUGUGCUCACAAACCUGUUUAAAGGAUAUUUGACUAUUUAACUGUAAAAACACAUACAGUAACAAUGAUGACAGCCAUUUGCUGCUGGUGAAUAACAGAUGGCUUAUUGACUGUUUUCUAAAGGAAGGUGAGCAGUCCGUUUCUGUUGAAGUAUUUUGUGUUGAGUCUGUAAACAUAAUGGUUAGGUGAACUGGAGAAAGAUGCAAAAAAUUAUGUACUGGUCACAGUGUGUGAUUCGCCAGUCACCAAAAUUUAGAUAAAGUUAUUUAUUCAGAGCUUCUGCAAAACCUUUUACGUAAUGUAACAGUGCAUAUCAAUCUUAAAUGGAAAAAACUCCAAUACAGCACUGUGUAAAUAUACUUAUACACCACAGCAUUAGACCAAGGACUGUAUAUCUAAACAUGUAUUAGGAGUGUUGAAACCUUUUAAAUCCCCAAAACAGGAUUUCAUAAAGUUUUCACUUGACUUAACAUGGUAACUAAUCUAUAAUGUAGAUGGCCAAAUUUAACAGUGUGACCUGUAUCAGAUUUUCCACAGAUGACACGCUGCUUCCAUUGUUUGCUGAUCUUAAUUUUAGCUGAUUAUAAUUGGUCAGCGAUUGAUUGCCGCAACCAUACAAAAAGCACCUUAUUUCCAGAAUUCAGACAAAAGAUGUGGCGGGUUGACACUGAGGUCUCUAUAUUAAGUACACGGAACUGAUGCUCUCAGUAGAUAACUAUCCAGCACAGAGUUUUUUUUCCCAAGGUCCCCCCUUGCUCUUAUGAAAUGGCCCAUCAAUGCCAGGAAUCCCACCAUUGGCGUGGCAUUCCAGAUAUGGCUGUGUUAUGAGUAUUCUGCUAACAGUUUGAUGCAUGAGCGCUCAUGACAGCCAUUUCUAACAAGCAAAUAAAUAUUACGUCCCUCUUCCCCUGUAUAUGGAGGGCCAUGUAUACUGGAGAGCGAACAAAAAGAACUGGCAAAAUAAAACGGCAUUGUCUAAUUAUGACAUAGGAAGUUCAAUUUGUAACUUUUUACUUAAGAAGCAGAAUUUUGUAAAUGAGCUGACUUGAGGACAUUAUUUUUAGAUGCACCUCCUGGUCGUUGCUUUUAACCCACUGGCAGCCUGGUUUUGGGUGCUCUGCAUCCGUGACAGUUAUCUUUCUGAAAGAUUGUAAUGGAUUUUAUUUCCCAGCAGCAGUGACCAGGGGCUCAGGUUAAUGUGAUCUGAUCUGUCUGGAGGUCGCUCUGAGGUUAAAACUUAACUGAUCUGAAAUUACAGGCUUAGUUUAAAGGUUUAAGGCUAUCAGUUGCUUAUCUUGUGUUGGUUUGUUAAACUACUGGCUGGACAAUCCUCAUUACUUUUAAUUUGUCCCACUGUCUUUCUGUUGCUGAUAAACAUGAAAAGUUUAUUGCCCUCAAACAACAGGCCUCGACUUCUUACACGCUUCUCAAUGUUUUGUGUAUCAACACAGUACUUAGUGUGCAUUUUUCACAGGGUCAAACCUAACUGGGAAUUACACUGUAACGCUUGGGGGAAAAAAACCUAAAAAAUUAAUAACAUAAAUUGGUAACUGGGCUUGUUAAAUUUUCCUUGAAUCUUUUCAUUCAUGGUGUUUGUACACAAGCAACAUAUGACUGUACUGUGAAGGGCAAAGUAUAGGUGAAACAGAAAUUUGCAACAUUAUGCUAAAAUAUUAGAGUUAUUUUGUUCUUUUACUGUGCACAUUCCAGCUUGGUAAAAUCUGAAGACUGUUCCCCAGUGCAGAUGAUGUGUGUCAUUAAGGAACCUACAGACUGCCUUUGGUUAUAAUUCUCAUCCUUUGCUACAGCACAGUAGUAUAGUCAUUCCAGUUAAUUAAUCUUGUACAUUCCCUUGAUCAUUGGAUCAGUGUCAAAGCAUAAUUCAUUUCACAUGAAUAAAGCCACGUACUAUAGCCAAUGACUUAUACUGAUUUCCCAAUUUGCUCAUGUAGUAGUGUCAUCUGUGGUUUAGGCCUUGCUUGUCGUGUAUAUAUGUCCAUGCUAGAAACCAAGUGACACAACAAACCCUGCCCCUUGAUAUUGUAACUGCAUUCUAUGCUGCUUAACAGUACCCUGUGUAAAUCAUUCCUCAUUUUAAAGCUGCAUGAAGUGAUUUUUGAAUACUAGGGGCAGAAAGACUCUAAUAUAAUAAGCCUUUAGCUUAUUGUAUUUUAGUGGCAUGUUGGCAAGCAAUUUGCUACUUACACGUCCAGCAGAAACAGAGCUACAUGAGCAUUUUACUCCAGGGUCUUUCUGGCCACCUGAUGAAUGUAAGUACAAUAUUGUUUUUAAGCCACGGUUUCGUAAACCAACAUCACCAACAGAAAUCUCCAUUCUCUACUUUCUUACCAGCCACUCAUUUACUUUGGAUCUCUGCACUUUCACACAAGGCAGAUAGCCUACAGUCAACUUCAAAAAAUCAUGUGCUGGGAGUGGCUGCCCAUGGUUUUUACUGUAUGUGCGGGCAUUGUUUUGGUUUUGUUGGUUCAGACAACUAAGAUAACCAUCAGUGAGGUAAAAGCAGCUGUGUAAAGCGGCAGUAUGGGGUGUUGAUUCUUUGUGGGAUCAUCAGCAUUCAUCACCCUUUAACAUAAUCAGGAAUUGUUUCAAUGUUAGAAAAAUAAAUAUUGCUUUAUGCAGCUUUAAUGCAUUACAGAUUGUUCUGUAUACGUGCCUAAAGAUGUAUUUUGUAGGAAAAGUGAAAAAAGAUGUUGAGAAACAAUUAUUGUUACAUGGACAUGCUGCACUUUUAAAAACAUUUUUCAGCUACAUGAACAUACCUUGUGACCGUGUACACAUUUGAAGGUACAUUGUCAUUGGCUUUAGUUUUCGAUGACUUUGUGAUAGGUUCAGAAGGGUUUCCACUUGAACCAAAAAUGGGCCAAGUCAUUCAUUAAUCACAGUCGGUUUGACUUCUGCCUUCAAGUGGGUACAUGUUCUUCUACCUGACGUCUACAUUAUAUCUGUAAGAUAAGAAGAGACAGCAGAUUUGUCUAUGUCUUGUGAAUUCCCUUCUAUAGCCAUAUGACCUGGCAUAUAUGAAGAAUAAUAGUAGGGAACCACAGCAUAGUCGUGUCAAAUACUACUUACAAUAAUAUUUUUUAAAUUUUGAUAGCUUGUGUUUUUGGUGCUUCUUUGGAGCAUAGUGCAGUGGGGUAGUAGAGAAAAAAUAUAUAGGAUCUGAAUUAGUGCUGUAUUAUCUUCACAAUGUGGUGACAAACAACAACAACAUAUAAGACAAGAGAAAGCAAAAUUCUGUAAUCGCCUAAAGUAAAAAUAGCUCAGUUGUUACCAUAUAUUGGUCAGAAGUUGCACAAAUAUUCAUUCCUUUGGUGGGCUGUUUUGUAGCGGGUUAUGUGAAAUGCGUGUCUUGGCUCAAGGUUUAAAAAAUCCAAGAGCCCCUGAAUGAAUAUUUAAAAUGAAAUUGUUUAUAUAUGUCUGUAUUACACUGACCAAACUGAAGUGGUAGAAAAUCAAAACUGUUAUCUUGUUUAAACAAGUUGUCUUACUUUCAAGUGCAUUGAUCGAGGCUUUUAGUAAAAAGAGUUUAAUUAAUUACAGAGUAAUAUGUAUUUAUUUAUUAAGUUAUGUUUAAACCUUUACACAAUAUACUGUAUAUGAGUAUACUGUAUAUAAAGUGUGUGUGUCUGUUUUUAAUCUGCUGUACAGCCAAAAAAAUCAGACAAAUUCUGACAAAGGUAUGGCGCACCCAUUUGUGUUAAAUCAACUAGGCUGCUGAUGUUUUGAGUAGCAGGCAGAGUGUGUUGAAUUACACAGUAUCUAUUUUUUUAUUUUGAAAUUUUGUCAAAGGCUAUGGUUUUGUUGUUGCUGCCAACCCAAUAAAGGUGAAAAUAGUAGACAUUCA